AUGCCCUCAGCCGCGCCCAGAACCCGACCCGAUGACGCCGACGCCGACGACGAAACGAAGCCGACGAAGAAGCCAAAGAGCAACGAGCACCCCCCAUCGAGGAUGCGGAAGACGCUAUGGAUCAAGAUGAUGAGCACAACUAAGAUCCCAAACGUGUCUUUUGUUGCUGCCAACGUGCAGUCAAUCAAUGAAGACCGUAAGCGUGCCUCUCUUUUCUCCAAUCUCCGAUCCCAUAACGCCGAUGUCUUCCUCUUGAGCGAAACUGGCCGACCUUCCCCUGAUCGGGUUGCCCAGUGGACUCAGGAGUGCCGAGACUUGAAGCUUUCCGCUCUUUUCACUCCCUUCAACAAUACUGCCAUACUCUGGAAGAGUGACUCGCCGGUCAUUACUGUUGAUCCCGAGUCGCCUCCUAACUUUCUUCGUGCUUCUUUCUCUUUUCCGGACCGAGUCUCCGACGCCACUUUUCAUGUGGGCGACUCAAAAGUCCGGGUUGUAUCAAUAUACGCGCCCUCCUCCGACAAGCCAGACAAAAAACGCUUCCUCUCACACCUCAGCAUCGCCCUGCGACCGCCGACAAGUUGUGCGCGACGACCCCUCCCCGCCUGCGCUCCUUGUCGGGGGCGACUGGAAUUGUGUGGAGUCCCAACCCCUCGAUUCGGAGAACCCAAAAGGUAUGAAUUACGGGGGCCAGGGGAUGCGUGACCUUGCCACGGCAAACAAUCUUUUCGACGUCCAUCGGCUCCAUCAUCCCAAAGGACGAGACACGACGAAUCGCUCAGCGCCCGGCACGUGCCGACGCCUUGACCGCAUCUAUGUCUCGCCUGACUGGAUCGACCUCUUCCACGACCACAAAAUAUGGGCUCUUGUCCUCAAAUCGACGCACUCGAUGGUGGUGGCACGGUUUCAAAUUCCGGGCGCAAUCGACAUUGGUCCGGGCAAAUUCAAGCUGGGUUUGCACGUGAUCGAGGGCGAUGCGACCUGCGAAUACCUCAGUUCCACCGUCCGCAACCUCUACAACGAAGCCCUCCUCCAGACGCCCAACGACCCACUAGCAGCCUGGACGUCCACCAAACACCGCCUAUUGCCCGAGCUGCAGGCUCUGGCCCGGACAUACGCUCGGUUCUGA